GCAAAUUUUUUGGAAUAAAUAUCAAAUUUAUUAAAACUUUUAUAAUAAUUAAAUAAAAAUAUAAUAACUUAAACAUUAAAGUUAAAUUAAAAUAUCUCAAAAAAGUGUUAAAUUUAUAACGAAAACAUUGCAAAAUGAGUCGUAAUGGUAAUUGGUCAAGUGGAAGUGGUAGCUCAUCGUCAACAACGCCUGGUACAAGUACGAUGCAGAGUGAGGAGCGUUUAGUGGUGGCAGUACGUGUUAGACCCACUCUUGAAACAAAUGAUAGAUGUAUUGAGGUUAUAUCGGGAAAAGCCUUGUUGUUUGAUGAUGGGAGUAAAAAUCGUCCAAGAAAAUAUGCCUAUGAUCAUGUAUUUCGAGAGGAAGAUACACAGGAAGCUGUUUAUAAAACAACAACAGCUCCUUUAGUUAAAGACGUUUUAAAUGGAUUAAAUGCAGCAGUAUUUGCUUAUGGAGCAACUGGUUCUGGUAAAACUCAUACAAUGUUGGGUCCGAAUAAAAGACGAACUGGUCCUAAUACAUCUGGAACACCAUCACAUCCACCAGAUCAUCCACCUAGAACAGCUAGUAAUUCAUAUACAGAUGGAGAUACAAGUAGUGCUGAUAAUGGAUUAAUGGUUCGGGCAAUUGAUGAGAUUUUUGAACAUUUCGAAAUGGCAGAGGAGGAAAAUGCUUUUAAGGUUUGCAUUUCCUAUUUGGAAAUAUACAAUGAACUCAUUCGAGAUCUUUUGAAUCCUGGCGGACCAUUGGAAUUGCGUGAGGAUAACCGUGGCCAGCGAAUAACUGUAGCAGGAUUAUCAGAAAUUACUGCAUCUAGUAGACAAGAAGUAAUUUCACUUUUGCUAAAGGGUAAUAAAGCACGCACGAUGGAACCGACAGCUGCAAAUCAAACUUCAUCUAGAAGUCAUGCUUUAUUGAGUAUAACUGUCCAAAUGAGAACAACUCUAGGAACUAAACAGGGUCGUCUUUUUCUUACUGAUUUGGCUGGAUCUGAAAGAGCUAAGAAGACCAAAAAUAGAGGCAAAAGAUUGCAAGAAGGGGCACAUAUAAAUCGGAGUUUACUAGCCUUGGGGAAUUGUAUCAAUGCUUUGUCGGGAGGUGCUCGAUAUGUCAACUAUCGUGACUCGAAACUCACGAGGUUAUUGAAAGAAGCUUUGAGUGGCAAAUGUAAGACAGUUAUGAUAGCCCAUGUUGCUCCAGAAGGUAAACAUCGCGAUGAAACUAAGAAUACCUUGGUUUAUGCUGAUCGGGCUAACAAUAUUACGACUCGAUUACAAAAUACUGGCUAUAUUGACGAAGUCAAAGAUUUUCCAAUGAAACACUAUCAAAGUUUGGUAACUGACUUGCGGGAAGAAGUGACACGUUUGAGGUCAAAGAUUAUCGAGAAAACGUUCGAAAUCAACCAAUACCAGAACUUCCGAAUAAAAUGUUUAAGGAAUUAUAUUCGUAUAAUAUUGCUCAAUAAUAUGGCGACUUAUGCAAAGGGAAUUUAA